UCACGCCAGUUCUUGUGGGACCACCGGUUGAAGCAGUUAGCGGUUGCUCGUGUUUUUCAUUGUAUUCAUUCUUAUAAGAACAACAACAACAACAGUGCAUACAAAAUGUCUUUAGUGCGUUUAAUUGGAGCUGAGGCUCGUAUGAUAACUAAGCGUUUUAGUUCAUCCGCCGCACCAACAACUAAAAUGUUCAUUGAUGGCAAAUUUGUAGAUUCGAAGACGAAAGACUGGAUUGAUGUACGCGAUCCUGCCACUAACGAAGUAGUUACCCGCGUACCCAAGUGCACACAGGAAGAAAUGCGCACAGCGUUAGAAUCUAACAAGAAAGCUUUCAAGUCAUGGAGUCAACAAUCGGUUUUGUCCAGGCAACAAGUCAUGUUCAAAUUACAAUCACUAAUCAAACAAAAUAUGGGUGAACUGGCGAAGAAUCUCACUAAGGAGCAAGGCAAAACACUAGCUGAUGCUGAGGGUGAUGUGUUGCGUGGUUUACAGGUUGUUGAACACUGCUGUAGUAUUCCAUCAUUGCAAAUGGGUGAGACUGUCGCUAAUGUUGCACGUGAUAUGGACACCUACUCCUUGGUUGUCCCACUUGGUGUUACUGCUGGUAUUGCGCCAUUCAAUUUCCCUGCCAUGAUACCACUUUGGAUGUUCCCAGUGGCUAUUACUUGUGGCAAUACAAUGUUGCUUAAACCAUCUGAACGUGUUCCUGGCGUAACAAUGAUGUUGAUGGAAUUGCUUAACGAAGCUGGUUGCCCACCUGGUGUUGUCAAUGUCAUACACGGUCAACAUGAUGCUGUUAAUUUCGUAUGUGAUGCACCUGAAAUUAAAGCAGUUUCUUUCGUCGGUUCAGAUGUUGCUGGCAAGUACAUUUAUGAACGCGCUGGCAAAAAUGGAAAGCGUGUACAAAGCAAUAUGGGUGCCAAGAAUCACGGAAUUAUUGUCUCAGAUGCUAAUAAGGAAAAUACUUUGAAUCAAUUAGCUGGCGCUGCUUUCGGUGCUGCUGGUCAACGUUGUAUGGCCUUAUCUACUGCUGUGUUUGUUGGUGAUGCACAAAGUUGGAUACCCGAUUUGGUUGAACGUGCCAAAAAAUUGAAAGUCAAUGCUGGUCAUGUACCUGGCACUGAUUUGGGUCCCGUCAUUAGUGCUGAAUCAAAAAAACGUAUUAAUGAUUUAGUCGAAUCAGGUGUAAAGGAAGGCGCUAAGCUUAUACUUGAUGGUCGUAACAUUACAGUACCCGGUUAUGAAUCUGGUUAUUUUGUAGGCCCAACAAUUUUGACCGACGUUACCCCCAAAAUGAAAUGUUAUACAGAAGAAAUCUUUGGACCUGUAUUAGUGAUACUUAAGGCUGAUACACUUGAUGAUGCCAUACAAAUGGUCAAUGCUAAUCCCUAUGGCAAUGGUACUGCUAUCUUCACAACAAACGGUGCCACUGCACGUAAAUUCGUUAACGAAAUUGAUGUUGGCCAAGUUGGUGUUAAUGUACCAAUUCCUGUACCUCUACCUAUGUUCUCAUUCACUGGCACACGUGGUUCAUUCCGUGGCGAUCAUCAUUUCUAUGGUAAACAAGGUAUCAAAUUCUACACACAGACAAAGACUGUGACGCAGUUGUGGCGUGAAACUGAUGUAACACAUACACAGGCUGCCGUUGCCAUGCCCACAAUGAAGUAGAUAGCCUUUAUUCACUUUAUGAUGAGAGGCUUCUGCUUAUAGUUAAUUCUGUUAGUCGGAUUAGCAAAUAUUAAUUUGUACACUUGUGCAGGUCUUCCAUAUUAGCUAAGCUAGAAAUAAUAUUUUUCUACGCCUCUUGUAAAGAAAGGAUACAAAGAAAUCGUUGCAUUUAUUUUUUGAUUAUUAGUUUGUAAUGUUUAAGACAAAUCUUUAUAAGAACUCACAUAAAAAGUAUAAAAUAAAUUAAA